UCCAAUUUCAGUUUGAGCUUUCCCUUGGAGCACACACUAGCUAUCUAGAGAAACACAGCACAAACUAUACUUUGAAUAAUUACAUUUCAAACAGGUAGUCGCUAUGAUGCCAGCCAACACUAACCCUAAAACCAUGAAAAUGGAACAACUCAUGAAUGAACUCGACCGGGCAAAGACAAAUGAGAAAUGGCUGAUGGACCAAAACAAGGAGCAGAAAAGAAAGCUCUCCGCCCUCAUUGCAGUCGAGCUCUCUUUGAAAAAAGAACAGCUUGAGGUUUCUAGGCUGAAGAAUAAAGCCAAGGAUCAGGACGUGCACGUGGACAAGCUGAGGAAAGACCUGGAGAAGGCCAAAGCUAACCUAAAGAAUGAAGAGACCCAGAGAGCUCACCAGAAGAACAUUUCCGAGCAGAGGAUUUUGGGUCUCGAGAAAGAUCUUCUUGAAUUUAAAAACAAAUUCUUCUUGGAGAAGAUGCUGAGGGAGCAGAAGGAGAAGGAGCUGGAGAAAUUCAGUGCCGCAAAGGAGGAGAACAAAAAACUGACCUUGUAUGGUCAGACACUGCGUCAUCAGAUUCAAGAGCUGACAGGGUUUAAAACCUAUGCCAACAAAAAAAUUGAAGAACAGCUCCAGCAGUUAAAAAAUAAGGACAUGGAGCAUGAUCUGACAAAACAGGAGUUGAAUAAAAUAAGACACAUGGCAAAACAAUACAGCGACCUCGUGGAAAAUCUCAUGCCUUAUAAAGACAAACUUGAGAGCGUACAGAAAGAAGUGGAGCAACAAAUAUAUGAACUUAAAAAACAUGAAAAACUAAGUGAGGAUAGUAAGAAAAGAAUUCAUCAGCUGUCAAAGGAGACAGGGACAUUGACAAAGACAAUCGAGGACUUGUCAAUUUUAAAGAAGAUGGCAGACAACAAGGUGGACCAACUAGAGCAGGAUAACAUUACCCUAACAAUGGAGUUAGAAAAUCACAAAAAGGAAGCCGAGAAGCAGCGUAACAUAAUACUAAACCUGGAAACUGAUCUUAAUAGCUACAGUGAACUGAAAAAUAAACUCCAAAAUAAGGAAAAAGAUUUCAACAAGCACACUUUGGCCAGAGAUCAAGAGAUAGCCCAUCUUAGGAAUUUGAUAAGCGAGUCAGAGAACCUGCAAAGAAUGCAAAUUAUCCAGAACGAGGCUAUCAAGGCGGAGAGAAACCUCACCGAUGACAACUUGUUGAAGGCUCGGGCGGAAAUAACUCUCAAGAACAAAAUAAUUCAAAACCUGAAUGAUGAAAUCAAAGAGCAGAAUUGCGAUAUCAAUACAAAGAACACAGAGCUGGUCAAGACUAAGAGGGAAUGUCUUUCUGUGAAGAACCAGCUGGAAAAAGUGAAGAGGCAGCUGGCAGAAACAAAGAUAACACAGGAGAGCUGUACAACUUCUGCUGGUAAGGACAAGACCAUGUUACAGAAAAAACUGGCCCAGAUGGUGGCAGAGAAGGACAAGUUGGAAAAAGACCUGCAGCACUACAACGAACUGGUAGUACAGCUGCAACAGAGGAUCAACGUCCAGGAAGCUGCCAAGGUCGCCCAAGAACAGGCGCUCAAAGAAUGUGAAGAGGAAGUCAAGUUUGUCCGGACGGAGAACGAGAAACUUGAGCUUCAUUCUUACAUCAUGAAAAGAAAACUGUUGCUGCAGGUGGGCAAUUUCCAGGACAAGUCACGCCGAAACAGAAUUAGGGGUACGCAGAAAAAUCUUCAACCCUGUCUCAAGGUGAUGCACAACAAGCCCCGCCAGUACCAGAAAAAACAACUGGAGGAAAAGGACAAGGAGAUUGAAGAGCUGAAGCGCAGGUUGGCUCGGCGGCCGGAUGGCGCGAUAGAGAAGCUUCAACGGUGUCAGUGGGAUAACAGACGCCUCAACAAGAAGUUUGUGGCAUCACAGGGCUUCCUCAUGGCGUAUGAGGCAAACUACAAAAAUAUGAAAGAGGAGAACAAGAGGCUGACGGAUGAGCUGAGGAAGCUCAAGAUGGAGUGUGGAGACCACCCAAGGUGCACCACCCACUUGCCACCUAUUUCCAAAAAGUUCCAGUCACCCUCUGAGGACAAAUCAAAGGAUCAGCGUGAGUCAAGGCACACUCGCUUCCCCCUCAUCUCCACCAAGCCCCAGUGCGAGUCUGAAAACAAGUGUGCAUUUGUCCCCCUCCCUCCCAUCUCCUAUAUGUUCCAGUGUCAUGGAAGAAAAAUCAAGCCACACCCACCUCAAUCUCUGUAAGCAUCAGAUGCCCUCGACAGAAAAAUGAAUCUGCGUGGGUUUCCUGCAGGUGCUUCGAUUUCCUCCCACAGCACCAAAGACAUUUAUAAAGACAUUUGCUGCUUUCACGUGUU